UCACGUUGUCAAUAAAAAUCCCCUCACUGAAAUAAUAUUUUUUUUUAAUAACAUAUUUCAUUAAUUGUUAUUAAAAAUUAAUAACUUAUUUUAUAAAUUAGUGGGCCAGGACGCCUGUUGAUAGGCAAUGCUGAGACAUCUAUAGAUGAAACAUUGUUUAUAAAUAAAGGAACUAAUUUUACAAAUAAAAGAUAAUAAUAAGAAGAAUAAUUAAUAAGAAUUAAAUUUCAAGAAUUAAUAAAUUUUUGAUUAUCAUAAUGUCACGUAUGGUCACCAUGGAUACGCUUAAUAUCAGUGAACAUUGAUUUUCGACAUAAUUUCUACUUUCCUUUAAAACGAGAAUUUCUUGACAUCGAAAUAAUUUUAUUUAUUUAAAAUAAAAAAAAAUGAAUGAACACAGAGGAAGUUCAUUUGUUCAUUCGUGUGUUAAAGUUCCUGUUGAUCCUUACAGUAGACAACCAACGCCACUGUAUGAACGUCCUCGAGUUAAUAAUAAGCAAAAAAGAUACAAUGCAUCAGGAAAAAAUCGAAAAAUUAAUUUCGAUACAAGUAAUUCGAAUGUCACAAGUCCACGUGAUACAUUAGAGAAUUUUAUGGAUUUUAUGGAGAGUAUACCGGAUUAUAAUGAUGUGCAUCAUUUGUCAAAUGAACAAUUUAAACAAAAAUUGGAUUAUCUCAAGAGAAAGCAGAGAAUGUUGUUGAAAAAUUUACAAAAUUGUUUAGAUCAAAAUGAAACGGAAAAUAUUUUAAAUCGUGAAAUAACAAAUGAAACGCAAAAUCAAAGAAGCAAUAAUAAUAAAACUAAAGAAUGGUGUAAUGACAAUAAUAAUGAUUUAAAAUUAAAGGGACGAAAGUGCAAUUUUGAGGAAUCAAGGACAAAUAGUCCAAUUCUUUAUUCUUCUGGGACAUUUGAUAGAUUGGCCGAGGAUCAAGAUCUUCUUACUUAUCGAUGGAAAGAUAAAACAAAAGCGGCGAAAACAAUUCAUAAUUCGAAAAUUCAUUCGGGCAAUAAAUCCUGGAGUAUUGAGAGUGAUUCUAAAAGUCCCGAUAGUGUGGAAAGUGAUAAUGAAAAUAGUUUAGAGACAAAAAGUUUGCCACCACAUAGUCCUGAAAGAUGGCAUCCAACUGUUCCAAAACCAUUUACAUUUACAUUGAGAGAGGAAGCAGAGAAGUACAUGAAUUUAACCGAAGUGGAAAAUGAGGCACAAAUUUAUCGUGAUACAAAAAAGAAAAAACGACGUGUUAGACCAAUUCCAUUAACAUCAAAAAUACCUCUUUAUGAUAAACUUGUCGCCGCUAAAGAAGAAAGAAGUCGAUUGGUGAGAGAGGAAAGUAUGUUAAAUUUACUCUCACAAGUGAGACCAUUUAAAUUGGAAUGUGAAAAAAGGGCAUGGAAAACAUUAUCAAGAUCAAGUCCCGAACUUUGUGGAAAGAAGAUUCGUUGUAAUUCACGAUUUAAAGCAAAACCUGUUCCAAAAAAUUUAUUUAAUACCGAAAUUUAUGAUCGUAUGUUGGAAGAUGAAUACUAUAGAUCGAUUCAGAAGAAAAUGAGAGCCUCAGAAAUGAUGAAAUCAUCAACUUUGCCACCGUCAAUGGCAAGAAGAGAACGUCUAAGAUCAACAUCACUUCAUUCACAAUGUAGCACUACGAAAGAAUCGUCAAUUGAUAGAAAUUGUGAGGGACGUGAAUCUUUGAGAAUUUGCAAUGAUAGUCCAUUGCAAUUAAUAAGAUCGAGAUCAGCAUUGGCGGCAUUACCAGUCAGGGGAAAUAAUUUGGCAGCUGUCUUAAGAUGUCAAGCAUCACGUGAAAAAAUGGAAAGGGAAAUUCAAGAGAAACUGGAAGAAAGACGCAGGGAGGAAUUUAUAAAAAUUAGAGAGUCUCUCAUUGGACAAAAACCAGCUUGGAAGGCCUUGAGAUCAGCUGCCAGACACGAGCACGCAAGGGACUUGGACUUCCGGUUUCAUCUUCGACGGGAUGAAGCUCGAGAGCAAGCUGAACGUCAUCGUAUUCAAAUGGAAAUGAUGCUGAGCCGAGUGACACAAAUUCCAACUCUUUUCGAGCGUCAUUCUCAGAGUUUUCAGUAUUUACAAUUACAGUCAAAGAACGAAAUGAGAGAUGCAUUUCAAUCAAAGAAGAUAAAAUUGAAGAGAAGACAAAGACCAAGUAGUGUUGAUUCAUUUAUAAGUGGUGGCAGUGGAUCAAGAUCAAAUUCUAGUUCAUUGACGAGUUCAUCGGGGACAUUGGUCUCAUUAACACCACCAUCAUCAAAGUCUUCCGUGUCAAAAAAAUCUCAAUCAUCAACGGUAAGAUCAGAGGCUUCGAAUAAGAAAAAAAGCGAGCGUGGACCACUUAAGGUUUCAAUAAAUGAAACUGCACAACUUAUUGAAGAUCGUGGUUCAACUAGUGAGAGAUUUUCCAUUAAUUCACAAGUCAGUGAAUAUCAUUGUUCAGCUAAUGUCGAUAAUGACAAACUAUAGGAGGGUAAACAAUUUUUAUUUUAUUCAUUUUUUAAGUCCAACAUUUAUUAUUUAAUAUAAUUUUUUUUCAGGUUUAAUAUUUUUUUUAUAAAUGAAUUUUUUUUAAAUAAUUAAUUAUUAUAUAUAAAUGAUAUAACAUCUAGAAAGUUUUUCUUUAAUAUUUGAUGAAAA